GUCUCUUUCUCUGGUUUUUGAUUAAAUCUAAUUCUUGACACAGACUCGGUUUGGUGACUCAUACUUUUACUUCAACAUGUGACUUUUCAUGACUUUCAGAAAAGGAAGUGAGUGUCAGAAAGUACCAGAGAUUCACUGAAAUCAUGUGAUUCUGGCCCAUUUUUUUUUCCCAAUAAAUGAAGAACAAAAAGAAGAAGUGAACGGAAGACGAGUCACUGCAGACGCCGCCGCCAACACCAACACCAACGCCGCCAACGCCACCAGACCUACGGUGCGUGGAUGCUCCGCCCACAGCCUGAGCCGCACUAACACUGACCGCAGCAGCUUCUGUCCAAACCACAGGAAAUACACCAAGGUCCAACAGGUCACAGCUCUGAUCCACUUUUCUGUUUGAUUCACAGACGACCACAGGAGGAGAUGGAAAACUGGACUGACAUGGCAUCAAACCUUGAAGAUAUUGUUGAAAAUGCUAAAGUUUCCGAUGAACCCCCCGCCCGUUACCGACUUACGCCACAGAAUAAAAAUGAAGGAAGUGAUGUCUUUAACUUCAGAAAAUUUACAUUUGGUAAAAAAGAUCCCAACAAACCGAAUAAAACGAUCCUCCUCGUCGGAGCAACUGGGUCUGGAAAAUCCACCUUGAUCAACGUCAUGUUGAACUUCGUCAUGGGGGUACAGUUUGAAGAUAAGAAAUGGUUUGAGAUCGUGGACGACAGCGCUAACGCGUCGCAGGCCGACAGUCAGACCUCUGAGGUGACGGUUUAUGAGAUCUUUGGAUUCGAAGGUAGAACCGCCCCCUUCUCUCUGACCAUCAUCGAUACUCCCGGUUACGGAGACACCAGAGGCAUCGAGUACGACGACAUGCUCAACCAGAGCCUCCUGGACCUGUUCCGCUCAGAUGAAGGGGUUCAGCAGGUGGAUGCAGUCGGUCUGGUCCUGAAGGCCUCGGUCAAUCGACUGGACGAGCGGCUGGUUUACAUCUUUGACUCGAUAACGUCCCUGUUCGGUAAAGACAUCAAGAAAAACAUUGUGGCUCUGGUCACGUUCUCGGAUGGAAUGCCUCCUGAGGACGCCCUCAAAGCCCUGAAGACGGCGAAGAUCAAACAAGCCAAAGACGAGAAGAAACAGCGGAUUUACUUCCUGUUCAACAACCGUCAGACCACACCGAUGGAGAAGAGGAUGGAGAGACUUUUACAGACGGCAUGGGAAACAUCGAUGGACGGUUUGGAGGGGUUGAAAGACUUUCUGCAAAAAUCUGAACCUCAAAAGCUGAAGACAACUCUGGAAGUCCUGACCGAGCGGAUCAGACUGGGAGCCUGCAUCCAGAACCUGAAAGAGAGAAUUGACUUCAUCGAACUAAAACAGAACAUGAUCAAAACUACUCGAGAAGCUCUGAGGAAAUAUGAGCAAGAGAUGAAGACCAACGAGAAGUUUACAGUGGAAGUGGAGGAGGUCUACAAAGAGCAAGAAAAGAUUAAAGGUUGGUGGAACUCCAAAGCCGUCUGCUGUAAAACAUGUGAGGAGAACUGUCAUUAUCCUGGAUGUACGCUGGCUCUGAACCCGGCCAUGUGUGAAGUCAUGAAGAAAGGAAAAUGUACUUCCUGUUCUGGGAAAUGUCCUGUGGAAGAUCACGUGAAGGAAAAGUGGGAGUAUGUGACCAAGACCAGGAAAGUAGAGAGGGAAGUAGAUGAAGACAAGAAGGAAAAGUACGAAAAGAACAAAGCAGAAACCCAGAGGAGGAUGGGUCUGUUGGAAGAUCUGGAGAAGAAGAUGGAAGAACUGACAUCAAACAAAGAUAAGUGGCUCGUGGAAGCUUAUCAUCAUGUUCUCCAACUGCAGAAGAUUGCUCUGAACGUGGACUCACUGUCCACUUAUGUCCAUCUGGACUUCCUGAUCCAGAAAAUGAGGGAGAAGAACGACACAGAGAAAGUCCAGAAACUGGAAGAGAUGGAAAAUCGAAUGGACACCAGAACCAAGGCGGCGGCGUUGUACUUCAAGAAGAUGACCAAGUUUAAGGACAAGCCCUCCAAGUUCUGAGAAGUUCCAGAUCCUCAGGUGAAAGUCAAACCCUGAAGGUCCGGUCUGAGGACCACGUCUCUUUCCAAAUGGACGCUGGGACGUUUGUCCUUCAGUUUGUUUCCUGUCUGUCGUGUGUCAUCAGAUAAUCUCCGAUCACGACUCCGUCAACAUACAUCGUGUGUUAUUACAGAAUCGUCUUGUUCAUCUCCUGGUCUUUUUUCCUCCUCAUUCAAACCUCCUCAGAACUGUUAAAACCACAGAACUAUCGGAAUGUCCUCCUCUACGGGAUUCUCAGGAAACAAAAACUACAGUCCAUCCAAACGGCGCUGCCAGAGUCUGAAAGGCUCAGAUUUGUCUAAACCCAAUCAUGUGUUGCAAUUUUACAGAUGUUACAAUUUUCUGUUACAGAUAUAUGACAAUGUAAUCCUGGUUCUCACUGCAGUAUGUUGCAUUCUGGUCUACACAAGUAAUUACACACGUAUUAUAGAAACUGGUACUAAUGACAAUGUAUUUCACAAUUUUACUUAAUCAGUAACUGUUUGAUUAUUUGUACUUGUCUAUAUCGAACAAGGUAUAUUCAAUGCAAACCAUGAGGAUCGCCCAAAAUCUGUAAUCUCUCUCUCUCUCUCUCUAUAUAUAUAUAUAUAUAUGUAUGUAUAUAUAUAUAUAUAUAUAUAUAUAUAUAUAUGCAAAAGUCCAAAAAAUGUGAGUCUGGGGGUCGUCUGGGAAUUUUCCUGAUAAGAACACCUGUCAGGUUUUUCGUCCUUACUUGUAUUGUAAAUGUUUAAGUAAGAUUACUAAUUCAGAUUACUUUUGUUGUGGGUUUGAAUCCCACAGAGGGGGGAAUAUGUGGGAUUUGAUCAGGUCUUAAGUGUGUGUGUCUUGUUUCAUGUAGUUGAGGAACUUCUGUUAAAUCCUGUUUGUGUGUCCAGGUCACAUGACCUGUGGAAAGAGAAGAGGUUCCCACCAAAGAAAGCCACGUUCAAAACAAAGUCUUUCAUAACAUAACAUCAUUUUUGGCAAAAGAGUUUUUCAUGCACGUAGUGAAUGGUUGAUUCCUUUUAUGGUAACAAUGAUGUCAGAUCACCCCUGUAUAACCCCCCCCCCCCAAAUAAAGAAAGGGAGAUAUUCCCAG